AGCAUUGCUUCCGUUGACCUUAAGAAUGGCGGCGUUUCAAAACUGCUGGCAGUAUUCGUCUGUUACAGUUCUUCUUAUGGUCAAGUUCUGAAAGUGAGUGUUUAGUAUUAAGUUUUUAAUUUUUCAUAACAGAUGUCGAUUGCAUUUUCAAACCAAAACUAUUCCAAUUCACAUCCAGAUGAUCAAGAGCUUGUAAAACAACUCACAGAUCUUAUACGACAAAACAUCCCAUAUUCCAAAAGACUUCAUGUUUUAGGAAUACUUUCCUACACUUCAGACAAUGGUUGUGAGAGAUUUAUCAAGAUUGAUUCUUCUUUCUCCGCUGCUAACGAGGCUAAUUCCGAAACCUCCAAACAGCAUACAGACUACUCCAGACCAUGCCCUACUAUAAAUUCUUGUGAAGCCGACGACAAAAGAUCAACCCAAAAUUAUUCAGAGAAUAUGGAUACAGAACAGCAUAGCUCGGCUCACUCUCCUGGUGCUUCUCCUCCUCUGUUACCACCAUCAGUUAUUCAGAUAAAUAGAGCUGGAAAACCAGAUGAUAGAUCUGAACAGAGCUUGUCUGAACACACUUCUGAAAACGCUCAGACAGGUGAAUUUGACACAGAUGGUGAUGCCCACCGUCGUUGCCGAAGGAAGUGCCGAAAACCUAAGCGUCAAGUAUUUGACUGCGACUCACACGUCGGAGACAGUGAUGUAGAAGAUGCCAGCACUGAUGCAGAAGAUCUAGUGCACACCUCCAAAAUCCCAGACGAUCAAACUGCUACUGAAGUUCCUCGAAUAGAAUCACACGUCCAAUCUGUUUCUGAUACUUGCAUGCAAGAAAUUCCGACUGUUACAGCCUCAAAUUCUGAUGUAAAUUUGAUUUCUACUGCCUUAAGUAAUCGUCUACCUGAGGCAGCCCCUUCCAUACCAGCAUUUUCCACUUCUCCGACUGUUUCAAGCGUGUCUUUUGUGCCUAUGCAGUAUGCUACUAUUAAUAAAUACUUAAGUCCACAAGCAAACUCCCCUGACAUCACAGCUCUUGUGAAUAGCCAACUAAGUUCUGGAACAAAGUAUGCCAUUUCUGCAAAAAGCUUAGGUUUGGGAGAUCUAGGGGAUUUGUGUGGCAUCCUUCCAAUUAAUACUCUCCUUGGGAAAACGCUUAUUUCUGGAAAUGAUGCAAACAUACCGUCGAAGUUACUCUUCACCAAUAAUAUUGGCACACCUGCAUCUAUUAGUGGGUCAGAAACUGUUAAUCAUUCUGGAUUUUCACAGCAAAUGACACAGUGCAUUAGUUCUAUUGCUUGCACAAAUCAAAAUUUGAUGUUGAAUCCUAAUUUGGCAGCUGCAGUUGCUGCAGCAAUUUCCAACUCCUCACUAGCAUUUUCAAGUAGUAAUUCGGUGGUUAGUAACGGACCUAAUCUCUCCACCAACAUGCAUACAUUGACUGCUCCUUCAAUAGCCUUAACAGGACCAUCUGGAGAAAUUCUAGGCACAAUACCAAUAGCAUCUGCUAACUCACCACAAAAUAUCCUUUCCCCUGCUUUGGUAAAUAGUGUCCUUCAGCCUUCAUCUAUAAAUAAUUCCCUGACAACUGUUAGUGUUGCUUUACCAACCAAUCCAAAUACUGGUUCUUCAACAGGCUUGACUAACACACUAAAUUGGCUACGCUGUGCCACAACUAUGGCAGACCCUGGUUCUCACCAAGUUAUAAGUAAUUUUGCUCCAGUCAAUAAUGCUCCGUCAUUUUCGGUGACAUCGGGUAAUCCCGUCGCACUCCUUCACUCUUUAGUUACACAGCAGCAGGGUACUCAAGCUCAGAUACAGAAACAGCAGUCGCUGCAAUCCGCGUUUUCAGUGGGACCUACUUUGGCUCUGAUUGGCACCUUGGGACUCAAUUCUCCUGUAACAUGUAGUGUUUCUGGACAACAUCCAUCUGAAACAACACUCACCUCUAAUACAAGCUUGCCAACUUCUGUAUCAACAAUUCUGCCUGCUACAUUGCAUAACAGUAUUCAAGCGAGUCCUGCUGGUAAUAAUGCAGCUCUUGUUGCUGCUGCUUUGUUACGAAGUUUGACAAAUGUGAAGCAGCCUAACCAAGAACUACCUGAAUCGAAUAGCAUCGAUGUACAUCCGUAUAACCCUCCAGCAUCCCUUACUUUGAUCACAAACAAUAUUCCACCUUCUGGAAAUGUUGCUCCAACAAGGACAAAUAUUGUUGGAUUGGAUGAAUCAGGAGGGUCUUUGAAUAGUAAUUUGGCUAAUAGAAUAGCACAGUCAACACUUAAUGUAUCUGCCCUAAGUUCAAGUUUGAGUGGGAUUACUACUUCAAUCCAAGCCUCAAAUGUCUGCUAUGCUGCCUCCAAUUCUACACAGACAGUAUCUACUCGCGGUUCUAUUAUGCUUUCAUAUCCUCGUGGUGGAACAGAAAUGAAUCUCUUGUUGACUCCAGCGUCUGCACACACAUUCGGAACAUCCCAGCUGGCUCCUCUUACAGCCGUUCCAACUGCUCUAUCAUUUCAGGGUUUACCUACUUCUCAGCCUACAAGUCUAACAUUGAAUUCAUCUGUACUAUUUCAUACUCCAGUUACAUCUACUGUAGUUCAGACCACAAACACCAUGUCAGAAACCACUACUGCGACAACUAGUUCUUAUAUGGUCCCACCUUCCAACCAAUUUGACCAGGUAUCGCGUAAAACUGAUAAAAGCUUGACCAGCACCACAGAAAGUAACCAUACAGUAACGUCCAAUACAAACCAAACACCAACGUCGAGUCCUGAUCCAACUUCAUCUGCUAUAGAUAGAAUUUUGCAAACCAUCAAAGGUUGCAUGAAUGCCAAUGCAAAUCGAGAAUCAGAAAACAAAUUGAGAAUACGCAAAAACGAAAGUAAUGGCACAUACCAAACUGUCAGUAAUGAUGCGGCUAGUGGACACCGAGUCAAUGAUACCAAAAAAACAACUGCAACGAAGUUUGCUCCUGUGAAUAAAAAUGGUGUUUCACUUGACAGUGAUUACGUCCCUCGUUCAGGGUCUACUGGCGACCGACUACCUCUCCCACCUCUUCAGAAAAGCCCAGGAGAAUCAUCGGAUGGUUGUUCAUCACAUGCAAUUAACAAAUUCUAUCGGUGUCGAUAUUGUGGGAAGACGUUUAAUAGGAAAUUUUGCCGUGAACGACAUGAGAGACUUCACACAGGUGUGAAACCGUAUUCGUGUGAGAUUUGUGACGAGAAAUUUAUCCGUCUUGAAGAUAAAAAGCGGCAUGUUAGGUCGCUACAACAUUAUCUUUCUGGCAGGGGAUCACUAAGAAAUAGUGGACUACAGGACACGGUCGAUGAAAGUGUGGGAAUAUCUAUGGAACCAUCCAGCGUGCUGCCACUACUUGCACAAACACUUCAAGGUGGGGUGAAUGCAGAAUCUGUUAGGAAGGAAACAGAUGAGCUAUGCAUCAGUACAGAUGAACCGAAUUUUAGUUGUCAUGCUAGUGAGAAUGAAUCAGAAGGUAUUACAACUGUUACAGAACUGGAGGGUGAAUCUUAUAAUCCUGAAGAAAAUGAACUGUGUAGUGAUGAUUUGAGAAGUGUUUCACAGUUGCCUUCAUUCGAUGGAAAUCAUACUAGUCAAAACUCAGACACAGAAGAUGGAUUUAAAGCAAAAAGAAGUAAACUAGAAGAACCAUCAGAUGAAUUUCUCACCAGUGUUUGCUUAACCUCAAAAAUACAACUUAAUAAAAGUAGAUGUCGUACAGCCUUAAAAGAAACUCAGACAACUUUAAAUUCUGCUUCUGAAAACCAUUGUGAAAUGAUUAAAAUUCCUACUGUUGUUAUUGUUAAUACAGAAGAUGCUACAAAUGCUAAGUCCACUACGUAGUUACACGUUUUAAUUGCAAUACUUCCUAUAAUUCCUCCCAACUUGGUGAUAUAUUUUACUAACAUUUAUUAAUAUGAUGAUCUGUAUAGCUGUACAUAUUCUUUAUUAUCUUUAAUGCAAACAUAUUUAGUUAUUUGAUGCAAGAUAUCAACCUACUUUUCGUAUUUCUUUUGUUGUCAUAUCAAAAUGUUGUACAGAUGACAAAAGGCUUUCUUACUUCUAGUCUUUUGGAUCUAUUGCAAUAUAAUUGAUGGUAAUAUAAGCUUUAAAACUAGGCAUUGAUAACGCUUUUCAAUCUGCCAUCAGUUUUCGGUUGAUAUACAUACUGUUUCUCUAACUUGCAUUUAUUUGAAAGUAAAAAAGUUUUAUGUACACUAUGUGGUUUUCACUUACCUAAAUGAUCCUAUUUUAGUGAUUUGCAUACCAUGACUUCAUUAUUUUGAUGUGCUUUUAAUGUGUAUUACCUUAUAUUAAAUCAGACUGUAUUUAUUC